AUGGUGCCUGAGAAUCCGGACGUGCCUUCAAGCCCGGAUUCUAUCCGGGCCAACCCUCCUGCGCCGCCUGGUGUUUCCGACACCGUUCACAUCGGCACGUCGGCGUCGAAGUCGUCAGCGACGCGCGCAAUCAAGCUCAAGCAGCAGAAGCUGAGCUUCUGGACGUCAUCAACAACCGUCCCAGUCUCGGAGGCUGUCGUCAACGAAACCACCGCGCACCCGGCUCUGAACAUAAACUCUCAGGAGCUUAUUGAUGCCAUAUAUGCCGAGGCACUGGAGAAGUAUAAGUCUAAGACAGGCAAAGGUGCGACCGACGUUCAGACGCAGUCGUUUCGCAAGCACGCCGGGACGAGAAAGCACAAGCUGGCACUGGAGAAGCAAGAGGCACUGCUUGCUGCCGCGUCUAAGCAACCCCGCAUCGACGAGCAUCGUGCAGCGGUCGACGCGGAGAAGAUUCGGGUCACGUCACUGCUUGACGCGCUCCUGUUUGUCAGCGACUGCAACGCACCCAUGGGGACAUGGGUGAAGCUGGUGCAGUAUCUUGCGCGGAAGGGCGUCCAAGGGGAGGCCCUCGCCGCUAAGGAUGCGGCAGAAGCUCUACCGGUUUUCAACAUGGUAGAUGAUCUCAUCCGCGUGGUCUCGGACCUACUGGGGCGGUCCGACCCGAAGCACCAGCGCUUCAUGGACCUCCAGGAGCUUUUCACCGAGACCAGCUUGGAAGUCCAGGGCAUCCAUCAAGUCCGGUGGCUCUCUCGGGGGGAUGCGUUGCUUCGCAUCCUAGCAAUCAAGCGCACCACGUCACAUAUCGAGAGCCGAUAUGUUGACUGUGGGGACGACUUCGGUGGAGGCUUGAGCCGCUGGCUUUCGCCCUUCAUCGAGCGCUACGGCCCAGGAAAGGAACGCGAAGUGACUGUGGAGGGGCCUGAUUCCGAUGGCAGACCGUCAACAUUCGUGUUCGAGCUCCAUGAAGAGAAAGUCAAGGGCUACGAAGGCCCCUGUGAUCACGAUGCCUGCGUUGAGGUCUGCACCGACUUUGCUGAACGAAUCGUGGGGAACCUGGAGAGGAGGCUGAGUGACUUAGACUCUCCGUCUGGUGUCCGUCUGUUCCUGCCGGAUGAGUGGCCGAAGAGCAAGUCGGAGCGUCAUGCACGAUGCGUCGAGUGGCUGAACUCGCUGGUGACGCUGUUCAAGGCGCACGCGGCAGAAGACAUACUGCCAGCUGCUGCUCACGACUACCUUGGUGCUGAGGAGGUCGGGGCUGCUUCCGCUCCUAGUGGGAAGCGUCGCAGCGGCAGGAGCGGCAGGGGUGGCAGGGGCAGUGGGGGUGGCGGUGGAGGUGGCGGUGGUGCAGGCGGCGGGGGAGGUGGAGGUGGUGGGGGUGGUCGUGGGGGUGGAGGCGGUGGAGGUGGUGGUGGGGGCGGCGGAGGCACUGGGAGCGGUGGAGGGGGCAGCAGCGGCGAUGGGGGAGGAGGGAGCGGUGGUGGCAGUGGUGGUCAGGGCCAGCAGCAGCCGCAGCAGCAGCAGCAGUAG